GCAUACAGCUAAUAGGAGGCGGUGGUGUUUGUUUAUUGCGUGUUCGCAGUCAUUUAAAAGGCUGUCUCCUCGUGUCGAGUAGAAGACUGAUUGAAUUUCGGGGCUGGAAGUACAACCAAGUCCGUAUAGAAUAAUAAAAGAUGGAUAAACUAUCCAAGCCGCAGAUAAUAUGUCACAUCGAAAAGUCAGUCAACUAUUCGUUGUUCGACGCCAAGUGGAUACCAAGCAGCGCAAAGUUCGUGGUGAUGGGUUCGAGGCCGCGGGGAUCCGGUGUUUUUCAAAUAUACGAAAUAUCCAGCGGUGAGUUGAAACUGAUCAAAGAGAUCGAGCGCUCUAAUCCGAUGAAAUGUGGCACCUUCGGAGCGUCAAGUUUGAGGGAGAGAUACUUGGCCGCAGGAGACUUUAAGGGUAAACUGAAUAUCUACAAUCUGGAGGAUCCGGCGAUUCCUAUUUACUCGGCAAAUGCUCACAAGGAGAUCAUAAACUCCAUCGACGGUAUCGGCGGGCAGACGAUAGGCUGUGGGGCUCCCGAAAUCGUCACCGGCUCUAGAGACGGCAGCGUCAAAGUCUGGGAUCCACGGCAAAAGGGGCGGCCAGUUGCAGUAAUGGAACCGAAGGAGGGCGAGGACCGUAGAGACUGUUGGGUCGUUACUUUCGGUAACUCGUACAACUCUGAAGAAAGGGUCGUCGCCGCUGGGUAUGACAACGGAGACGUCAAGAUGUUCGACCUAAAGGCCAUGGCUCUCAGGUGGGAGAGCAACUUGAAGAACGGAGUUUGCGGGUUGGAGUUUGACAGAAAAGACAUCGCGAUGAACAAACUCGUCGCCACCACUCUCGAGUCCAAGUUCUACCUGUUUGACCUUAAAACUCAACAUCCCAAAAAAGGAUUCUCUUAUCUUUCAGAAAAAGCGCACAAGUCGACUAUAUGGCUGGUACGUCAUCUGCCCCAGAACCGAGAGAUAUUCAUGACGUCGGGAGGUGGAGGAUCGCUUUGCCUUUGGAAAUACCAAUAUCCUGAAAAACGAGUGACAGCAGACGCCGAUGGAAUAGAACAGGGAGUAGUUGGCUCUGUAGCUCUACUCCAGAACAGCACGCUGUCUUCUCAACCAGUCAGUUCCUUGGAUUGGAGUCCAGACAAGCAAGGACUUGCCGUAUGCACUGCGUUUGAUCAGUGCCUUCGUGUCAUUAUCACCACGAAACUGAACACGUACUGAAAAGAAAAAAAGUAAUAGUUUCAACAGAAGGUUUUUACAAAUCUGUCCGGCUCGCUACUCCUUGUCGGCUUUUUAUACAUUCACGCUUAUUCACGGUAUCACUAAUGGUGGGUGGAAAACCAUUAACGAGAAUAAUAUGGAAGACGUAAAAUUGUAUCAUAGUGGAUGCAAGAAAUUGGAGACUCGGAUCUACGAUUGAAUCUAAACGGAGAAAAGGAUUAUGGAACCAAAUAACGAAUUUGAGAACUCUCGGCGCAGUACGUUGUAAAUAGUUUUAUUUCUUCUCAAUAUAUACCGAAUAUCGCUGAACAGAAGCCUCGGUAAUAUACGUGGAAAGAUGAAAUAAAAGAAGCAAUAUUUC